AGUGGCCUCGUCGGCCCUGCAGCGCCAGAGCCCUGACGCACGGAGCUCGAAAGAGGGAGAGAGAGAGAGAGAGAACGAGAGAGAAAGGGGCAGACAUGGCGGCUCCGCUCGGCUCCCGCUGAAGACGGCAGAGCGGGCGCAGGGUCUGUGGCGCCGGCCUGCAACCUCGCUUCCGCCUCCCGCUCCCCGCCUCCUCGCGCUGCCGCUGCCUCCUGCCCCGCUCUUGCUUGUCGUGGCCUGUGUCCCACAGAGGCAACGCGAGCCGGCCCGGCAAGGCUCCGCUGGCCCUGACUGCCCGCCGGCGGGCCGGCCUUCCUCGCCUCUCCCGGGAGCGGCGGGCGCGGCGUGGACCCGGUCCCCCUGGCUGGAUCAUGGUGAACACCCGGAAGAGCUCUCUGCGCCUUCUCGGGUCCAAGUCUCCUGGGCCCGGGCCUGGGCCUGGGGCCGGAGCGGAGCCGGGGGAGACCGGCGGCAGCAGCCAUUUCAUCUCCUCUCGGACCCGCUCCUCCAAGACGCGCGCGGCCAGCUGCCCGGCAGCCAAGACCGGGGGAAGCGGCGGCGCCCUGGACGAGGCCCGGAAAGCUGAAGUUGAUGGUAGUUUAAGUGAUAGCCACGUAUCUCCUCCAGCCAAACGCACUUUGAAACAGCCGGACUCUGUUUGCAAAGACAAAUCAAAACCACGAAGCACUGGUCAGCGAGAGGAAUGGGACAUACCAACUGCGCAGGCCAGGUUAACUUCUCAGCCUGGUACUGCAUUACCAAACGGACAUAGUAGCUUGUCCCUUAGAAGCCAUCCCCUUCGAGGGGAAAAGAAAGGAGAUGGCGACCUUUCAUGUAUAAAUGGUGACAUGGAAGUCAGAAAAAGUUGUCGGUCCAGGAAAAACAGAUUUGAAAGCGUGAAUCAGAGUUUAUUAUUUGAUCAACUAGUAAAUAGUACUGCUGAAGCUGUAUUACAAGAAAUGGAUAAUAUUAAUAUCCGACGAAAUCGUCGAUCAGGAGAAGUAGAAAGGCUUCGAAUGUGGACAGAUACAGAAUUUGAAAAUAUGGAUAUGUAUUCAAGAGUAAAAAGGCGAAGAAAAUCACUGAGAAGAAAUAGUUAUGGGAUACAGAAUCAUCAUGAAGUUUCUACUGAGGGUGAAGAAGAAGAAUCUCAAGAGGAGGAUGGAGACAUAGAAGUUGAAGAGGCAGAAGGAGAAGAAAAUGAUAGGCCGUAUAAUUUGAGACAAAGAAAAACAGUGGAUCGAUACCAAGCACCGCCAAUAGUACCAGCUCAUCAAAAAAAGAGGGAAAACACAUUGUUUGAUAUUCAUAGGUCCCCAGCAAGAAGAAGCCAUAUCAGGAGGAAAAAGCAUGCCAUUCAUAGUAGUGAUACAACUUCUUCUGAUGAAGAACGUUUUGAAAGAAGGAAAUCAAAAAGUAUGGCAAGAGCAAGAAAUAGAUGUUUGCCUGUGAACUUCAGAGCAGAAGAUUUAGCUAGUGGCAUUCUCCGAGAACGGGUGAAAGUGGGUGCGAGUUUGGCUGAUGUUGAUCCGAUGAACAUUGAUAAAUCGGUGCGGUUUGAUAGCAUAGGUGGAUUGAGUCAUCAUAUACAUGCUCUGAAGGAGAUGGUAGUUUUUCCACUUUUAUAUCCAGAAAUUUUUGAAAAAUUUAAAAUUCAGCCUCCAAGGGGCUGUUUAUUUUAUGGCCCUCCUGGCACAGGUAAGACCUUGGUUGCCAGAGCACUGGCUAAUGAAUGCAGUCAAGGAGACAAAAAGGUGGCUUUUUUUAUGCGUAAAGGAGCUGAUUGCUUGAGCAAGUGGGUUGGUGAGUCGGAAAGGCAACUUAGGCUUCUUUUUGAUCAGGCAUAUUUGAUGAGGCCUUCUAUAAUAUUUUUUGAUGAAAUAGAUGGAUUAGCUCCAGUUCGUUCUAGUAGACAAGAUCAGAUUCACAGCUCUAUAGUGUCAACCCUCCUUGCUCUUAUGGAUGGAUUAGAUAACAGAGGUGAAAUUGUUGUUAUUGGUGCUACAAACAGACUUGACUCUAUAGAUCCUGCACUCAGGAGACCUGGUCGUUUUGACAGAGAAUUCCUUUUCAACCUGCCUGAUCAAAGGGCCAGAAAGCACAUCUUACAGAUCCACACCAGGGACUGGAACCCCAAACUGUCGGAUGCUUUUUUAGGAGAACUGGCAGAAAAAUGUGUUGGCUACUGUGGAGCUGACAUCAAGGCCCUGUGUACUGAAGCUGCCCUGAUUGCCCUCCGGAGGCGUUACCCUCAGAUCUAUGCUAGCAGUCAUAAAUUGCAGCUGGAUGUUUCCUCCAUAGUGCUUAAUGCCCAAGACUUUUACCAUGCGAUGCAGAACAUUGUGCCUGCUUCCCAACGUGCUGUGAUGUCUUCAGGACAGGCGCUGUCUCCCAUUAUAAGACCGUUGCUAGAAAGAAGCUUCAACAACAUAUUAGCAGUUCUGCAAAAAGUAUUUCCUCAUGCAGAAAUUAGCCAGAGCGACAAGAAAGAAGAUAUAGAAACUCUAAUUUUAGAUGAUAGUGAAGAUGAGAAUACAUUAUCAAUUUUUGAGACAAGUUGUCACUCAGGAUCACCAAAGAAACCAUCACCAGUUGCUGCUAUAACUAAACCUUAUCUUCACUUUACAAUGUCACCAUACCAUCAGCCAACCUCUUACAGGCCUCGCUUGUUGCUGUCUGGAGAACGAGGCUCAGGUCAGACUUCUCACCUCGCUCCAGCCCUUCUGCACACACUAGAAAGGUUCUCUGUGCAUCGGCUCGACCUUCCAGCACUUUACUCGGUCAGUGCCAAAACACCCGAGGAAUCCUGUGCACAGAUAUUCCGAGAAGCUCGAAGAACAGUACCUAGUAUUGUUUAUAUGCCUCAUAUUGGUGACUGGUGGGAAGCUGUCAGCGAGACUGUGAGAGCAACUUUUCUGACACUGCUACAGGAUAUACCGUCCUUUUCACCUAUAUUUUUAUUGUCUACCUCUGAAACCAUGUACAGUGAACUGCCUGAAGAGGUUAAAUGUAUCUUUAGAAUACAGUAUGAAGAGGUAUUAUAUAUUCAAAGGCCUAUUGAAGAAGAUCGAAGAAAAUUUUUCCAAGAACUUAUUCUCCAUCAGGCAUCAAUGGCACCACCACGAAGGAAGCAUACUGCUCUGUGUGCUAUGGAAGUGCUUCCUCUUGCACUACCAUCUCCUCCUCGUCAGUUAUCAGAAUCAGAAAAACAUCGGAUGGAAGACCAAGAGGAGAAUACAUUAAGAGAGUUGCGGUUGUUUCUCAGGGAUGUUACCAAGAGGCUGGCCACAGAUAAACGCUUUAACAUCUUCAGCAAACCGGUGGAUAUUGAAGAGGUUUCAGAUUAUCUUGAAGUAAUCAAAGAACCAAUGGAUUUAUCAACAGUAAUAACUAAAAUUGAUAAACAUAAUUAUCUAACAGCUAAAGAUUUCCUGCAAGAUAUUGACCUCAUCUGUAGCAAUGCUUUAGAAUACAAUCCAGACAAGGACCCCGGAGACAAAAUUAUUAGACACAGAGCUUGCACCCUGAAGGACACUGCACAUGCCAUCAUUGCAGCUGAAUUGGACCCAGAAUUUAAUAAACUCUGUGAAGAAAUUAAGGAGGCACGAAUAAAAAGAGGCUUAUCAGUAACAGCAGAACAAAUAACUCCUCAUGGCACUGGUGCCCGUAAGACAGAGACUAGAGUGGAAGAGGCAUUUCGGCACAAACAAAGAAACCCAAUGGAUGCCUGGCACAACUCUGCAAAUAAGUGUGCAUUUCGAGUUCGGAGAAAAUCAAGGCGGCGAUCACAGUGGGGUAAAGGAAUUAUUAAGAAAAGGAAAGUCAAUAAUUUGAAGAAAGAUGAGGAGGAUACCAAGUUUGCAGACUAUGACCAUACAGAGGACAGGAAGUUGCUGGAGAAUGGAGAGUUUGAGGUAAGCACUGACUGCCAUGAGGAAAAUGGAGAAGAGACUGGAGACUUAUCUAUGACCAAUGAUGAAUCUUCAUGUGAUAUCAUGGAUAUGGACCAGGGUCAGAGGCUAAACAGUGGAACAGGCACAAAAGAGAAUUUUGCAUCAACUGAAGAGGAAAGUUCAAAUGAAUCUCUACUUGUCCACAGCAACAGUUCUCUCAAUCCUGAGCAGGCUUCUAGAAAAGAGCCCUUCCUUAAAGGUAGCUGUCUGAACGGGGAUGCCUCCACUGACAGUUUUGAAGGAAUUCCUGUUCUGGAGUGUCAGAAUGGCAAAACUGAAAUAGUUCCUCUCUCUGGUGGCGGUGGAGAAAAGCCUAGUUCUGAACAUAAGAUUCCUCUGGAGGAACAGCCGAAAGACAAACCAGAGACUGUGAAUGAAAAUCAUGGAGAUGAUCCUGAGAAACUAGAAGCACUGGAAUGUAGCAGCAAUGAGAAGACUGAACCUGGUCCUGAUGUGGAGGUUAAAGAUGCAGAACUGGAUAAAGAAGGUGCUUCUAAAAUAAAGAAACAUCGUAAAUUAAUUUUAGAGCAGGCAAAAACAACAAACCUGGAACUGGUUCCAGAAGAGCCAUCCGAACCUGUGCCACCUCUGGUAGUUGAUCAUGAGAGACUGAAGAAAUUGCUUGAUUUGUUGGUAGAUAAAAGCAACAACUUGACAGUUGACCAGCUUGAGAGGCUGUAUUCCCUUCUUAGUCAGUGCAUCUACCGCCACCGUAAAGACUACGACAAGUCACAGCUUGUGGAGGAGAUGGAAAGAACAGUUCAUAUGUUUGAGACAUUCCUAUGAACUUGUCAAGAUGAGUGGUUUAUCCUCUCCAAUCUGCUCCUGGUGAGCAGUCUUCUGAGCCAUUCACUUUCAAAUUGCACCAAUUAUGCGCAGAGCCUUGGUGUAAAGUGCUCGCUCACUCAUUCUUUCUCUGUUGAAUUUGGUGCUAUUGUCUCAGGUACCUGAAACCAACCAGCCUACAAGAACCAAACAAAACUUCAGAAACAUGUUGUAUUUUCCACAAAUAAAAAAUACAACCCCACAGCUUGGAGAUUCUGGUGCUACAGAAACUGCUUUCGCUCUGCCCCUCUCUUCUGCACUCUUGGAGAGUCUCUUAGGGAGCAGACCAGCAAACCGAGGGAACUGGAUGGGGCAGUUCUAACUGUGCUGAAUUGUUGGAAACCGUGGGCGACCUGCUUUUUCUUUUUCUUUUUUCCUCUUUUCUAUCUCCGACCAUAUCCCACCCCCCAUCCCUAGGUAUUGGACUAAGACCUGUUUUAGAAUUGGCUAUGGUGUAUUCUGGUGGACAACUGAAGAAACUGGGUGAAAUUAGGCUCUUUAGAACUGCCUUUAAUGUGCCUUUUUAUUCAUUUGAAAAAGAUGAGGCUUAAUGGACGGGCUCAUUUGUAGCAAAUUAAUUAGAAUGUUUUCUUUGGUCACAACCUCGAAAAUAAGUUUUGAUACUCAGUGUUGUUAAGAGACAACAGUACUCUGUAUUUAAUGCCUGUCUUGUUCUCAAAACAAUCAAGAUACUCGGUGAGCCACGUGAUAUGCUAGGUUGUCAAGCUUUCCUGUGGUGUGUUUCUAGUUAAGAAACACACAUAAAACAGCAACAAAUGAUACACAGUCCACAAAACCCCACACACUUCUCCGUAUUGCUGACAAUGAUGACCAGAAAAUAAAUAGUUGGUGGCCAUUCUUCUGUCAGAUGCAAUUUAAUAGUUAUUCAUGUUUCAGUUGCCAGAGAAAAGUGGUUUUCAUGUAUAGUCAGUUGUUACUGUUUUGUUUUAGAGCCAGGACUUGCCAAAUGGACAGAAAAGAGAAAUUUGUCAGAAACUCUGUAAAACUCAUUUUCUGUAUAAUUGCAAGUGAGCUCUGGUAUGUCCUUGAAUAACAGUGUUAACAUUUAAACCCUGUCCCAUGCUCACAUCUUCACAAUGCUUCAGUUUGAUUGGAAUCAGUUUGGAUCUUGUUGAGUGAUUUCUGUGGGUUGUACUUACCUGAAAAUAAUUAUGGGUUACUAAUUUUACAAAACUUUCUAAAAAUUUGGAAAUACAGUUUAGGCAGUUGCAAAGAGGCAAAGGGAAUACAGUGACAUUUUUUAUGAGAUAAUUUUUAAACAAAGUACAGAAAAUUUUGCAGACAAAUUGGCUUGCUAUAUUCCUUUAUUAUAGCCGUUAGCUGCAGGUGUGUCUUUCCAAUAUAUAUGCAACACAUAUUUGGGUUUUGAUUAGGGCACAUGGUUGAGGACUACUGCAGAGAUCCUGAGCUACCUCAGCUUUUUGUUUUUAGUUACCAACAGUGUUUACAGGGUCCUGUAAUCACUUUGCCACCAUUUACAUGCUGAAGCUAAGGUACUUGUCUCCUUGUUUCUGGCUGUUGUGGUGUGCAGAGAGCUCGCGCUGGCCUCAGCUACUGCAGUAAUCCCAAGUGCUUCUUUGCAUUUACCUUCACGGUCUUUGCAUUUACCUUCACGGUCACCGUCUUCUAGCUUAAUUUUUUUUAAAUGUGGGUCCUUGUUUUCUUUAUACCUGGUCUGAGGUUUUCAUGAUAUUUAGUUAGUCAUGUAAUUCAAGAUGCUACCAUGUAGACACACUGUAUUUUUAAGGUGGGCAAGUGUGAUUAACGAUGAACCAUUUUAAAGGGGAGGUGAUUUGAAACCUCUAAUUUGAUUAUUGGGAGGAUUUUCAUGCUUUCUUUAGUAUUUAUUACCAUCAUACCAGUGCAAACUAUUUUACUGUCUAAUACAUUAGCAUUUUGUAUUUUGAUGGAAAUUGUUACAGAAUUUAAAGAUUUGAUGAAAUAAGAUGUAGCAGAUUUUUUGUAGUGAGUUUCUGGUAAAAGGGUUUUUGCAAGUCUCAGGUUCUUGCUGCGCUAUUUUCUUCUUUAGUAUUUAUUCCAGUUUCUCUACUUCAGAAGCAUUCUGUUGAAGUAACAGCAGCACUUGUGAAAGGAGGAAAACCGCACAUGUUCUAAGGAGGUUCCCGAAUCCUGCACGUGAAUUCAGAUUUUAGCCAUCAGUGAGUUUGACAAGGGACAUUUAUUUAUGUAUAGCAUUAAAAAUGCUUUCAAAAGAUGACAUCUUAGUUUGUGUUUACCCUUGAUGUAGGUGGAGAAAUCAGAGGCAAACUCAGUAUAGGAACUGCCACUUUGAACAGUUUAGGUCUCAAAGACAAAGCCAGUCUCAUGCCAAGGGGGGAGAAAAGAGCUGAAAUUGCACCAACUCUUCAGGCCCCUUCCCCCCCCCAAGAGAAACAUACUAUACCAGUUUUACAGAUAUCUGGUGGUUCUAUAGAUUAAAGCAGCUUGUGAAAUUAUCCAAGUCGACUUAGUUUUGUUUACCUUUCUGUAAAGUUCUUAAUUUUUGCUGUGUAACAUUGGCAAAAAUAAUGUACAAAUUGACCUCUGUUUUUACUUCCUAUGUGAGCAUUAUAAGUGAUAAGCUCCUGUGUAAAAUCUUGCUCUCAGAUAAAAAAUUAUGUUUCCCAGCCCAGCCAAGCAAAAGUUCAUGCUCAGCUGUGAGGACCCUGGGAACUUCUUGAAGAUGAUGGAACUGCAUUAGGUUUGAAACUGAUGGCUGUGGAAUAAAUUGUGUUUUCGAGCUUGAAUUUUACCUGUGAUUAAUUUUUUAAUGUCCUUUCAUGACUUGAUUUUUCUCAUAUGCCAAUGUAUUUGUAGGUUUACUAGAUUUCAUUUUUAGGGAGUGGGGUGGUAAUUUCUUCCCUUAUUUUGAUUAAGUUGGUUCAGCUAUGGUGCUAAUCAGUAGGUUUCUUCAGUGUCAGGUCCCGUAGCUGAAUGCCAUUGCUGUUAUAAUUAUUAUUUGUAACCAUAUUGGAAGCUUGAAUUUGGGCUUGUACCUGCAUCUUUUAUAUUUUGUACAUUUGGUUGUUUAGAUUUUGGGAGUCCAAUUGCUUUUGGUCAUGUAUGUCUACUUUGUAGGUUAAGUAGACUUCAUCAACUACGGUCUAUUUUGGGUUUGUAGUUUAAUUUAGAAUUGUGUUAAAUUGAUGUUUUGCAUUUGACUUCAUUAUACAUUAGUUUGAAGUAAAUUAUUUAAUUUUUGAAUUCUGGAAUUUGAACAUUUACUGUAAGUUGUAAUAUAACUGCUGUGAAAUACUUGAAUAAAGAUGAUAAGAAAAACA